CUUCAAGCCGCCCGAGCAGUCGAUUUCGAAACCCAGACCGUGCGUAGCGUUACAACUGCUAUACCCUACAUGGCGGCACCCCACGCCCUAGCCGCGGCGUCCAGUGAGAGAGCCGUCCUCGCUGCCGCGUAACCGCGUCGCAGUUCGCACUCGCCUCUCUUGCCGCGGCCCCCUUCAUCCUCCCUCUCUCGUCUCUCUUCCUCCCGUCCUUCGCUGCGCGCCGUUGCUGUCGUCAUCCGAGGGAGUCCCCUCUGCCUUUCCCCCGAACCCCUCCCGUUUCCGCUAGCCCUGGUCGCCAUUAGCACGUCUCCGCUGCGCACCACGUUCUCUCUCCACACUCCUCCGUUCAGAAGCAGCAGGCAUGGCGGCUGAGCUUACAUCUCGCCUCGGUCUGCCGGACCUCUCCCUCUCUCUCCCCUUCUCCGUCCCUCUUACUGCCGUCGUCGCGCUGCUGCUCCUGCGUGUGCUGCUCGUGCUGCGCGCCGUGGGCCAGCCGCAUCGCAGGAGACGGCUGGGCGACCGCCUCUCGACGCUCGUCGUGCUGGGCUCAGGCGGGCACACGGCGGAGAUGCUGAACCUGGUGACGGCACUCAGCCCCGCGCACUACUCGCCGCGCUGCUACAUCGCGGCUGCCACGGACGCCAUCAGCCUGCGCAAGGCACGCGACCUGGAGAGCACGCUCGCCAAGGCAGCAGCAGGGGACGCACCCACUUCGCCCUCCUCUCCCCCCUCCCCCCCCACCUUCCUGUCGGUCUACCGGAGUCGUGAGGUGGGGCAGUCGUACGUCACGUCGGUGGCCACCACCGUGCUCGCCACGCUGCACGCCAUGGCGCUCGUCGUGCGCAUCACACCGGAUCUGCUGCUCUGCAACGGGCCCGGCACGUGCGUGCCGAUCUGCAUCGCUGUCUUCACUCUGCAUGUGCUGGGCAUAAAAUGCAGCAGCAUCGUGUUUGUGGAGAGUGUGGCGCGCGUUGAGAAGCUGUCGCUCACCGGCAAGCUGCUGCACCGCCUCGCCAUAGCGGACCGCUUUUUCGUGCAGUGGCCCGAGCUUGCCAGCAGAUACAAGGGCACGCGCUACGUGGGCCGCCUCAUGUGACUCCAAGGCUUUGAGCUGAGCUGGUUCAAGCCGAACAGACUCAGUGGCGCAGUGCUGCAACACCUGGGAAAACAGACAGGUUCUUCGUGCAGCGACCCGAGCUCGCCAGCAGCUAUAAAGCCGCUCGCUACGUCGGCCGCCUCAUGUGCCUCGAGCACAAGCUGAGGUGACUUGAAGCUAUGAAGCAGGCUGCUGCACCCGCUAGGCAGGCCUGUGGGACAGAUUUCCCGUGGUACGUUAGCCACAGCUCGCCACCACACCCUCAGACUGAGGUACACUCGUUGCCUCUACUGGACACAAGAUAACUCAAUAAAUUGUUGUACGUUUA